AACGCAUAACAUUGUAAGCAUCAACGUAUAGUAAACGCAUUUUCGUUGUCUUGUUCGGGAUUUCUGACUGGAAGGGAUGACGUAAAAAAUGCGAAAUUGGAUUAAAACCGUGACCUAUAACGGUUCCAUCGGAUGGCAAUCACUCCUUGUCGUUGCUUGCUUUUUAAAAAAUAAAACUCAGUAUAUAAAAGUGGUGCGGUGAGACGGUCCUUUUUCAAAGUUGGAGGCUGCGACAAGAUGUUACUCAAAUGUUUGCGUGGUGUCGUCGCUCUGACUAUAUACUCGUGUUGUGUGCAUUUUUGUGUCGGUCAGUUCCUAACGUUUAGGAACUAUGAACCCGCUCCAACACAACCACCUCUGCCGUUCCCGCCAUGUCGAGCGGACAAUUUACAAUGCCUUCGCCGAGGAUUACGAACAUUUUUCUUCCUGAUGGAUUCAAGGCAUUUGGGCAUGACCCCCGUCGACCCGAUGAUCCUGAAUAGCGUCACAGUUUCCGUGCCAGACGACCAAAUGUCAUUUUUGUUACGAAAAGUCAAUGUCACUGGUGCAAGAUGGACGAAGCUUCUAGAACGCAGGUUUAAUUUGCAAAAUGGAAAGAACGGUGUUGUUUUUAAAAGCGACUUACAUGUUGUGGGUGAAUUAACUAUGAUGCUAUCAGGAAGAGCGGACCCUUUCGUAUCGUAUAUUACAAUGGAAUUGAGUGAUGUAGAAACCAACAUCACUUAUUCAUGGACUGGACAGCGUGGUUACGACAACGAAGAUUAUUUACUUAUAGGCCAAGAGCGAAUAGCCGUACGAAAUUCUAGGACGCCCUUGUUUUAUUUACAACCUAAUUUUAUCAAUUCAGAAAACGAAACUAUAGGCGGAACAGAAGAUGCAUACAUGAUUGAACAAGUAUUGACAGCAAAGAGCGCUGUAUUAGAUUAUUUAUCUAAUGAAGUUACUGUAGCUUUAAUGCACACAGUUGUAGAUAAUUUUAGAUUAUUCGCCAAUCAAAUACCAGUUAAGAACUAUUAUUUAUAUAGUUAGUUAUUUAUAGUAAUAAAAUACAUUAAGUAGAAA